AUGCCUUUGCUCAUUGGAUCCUUUCAAACGCCCACGGCUGUCAACACAGAAUUUCUGUACGAAACGGAAGUAUCUGGCCAGCCAUUUCACUCAAGAAAGGAGCUCGGCAACAACGACCAGGAAGAUGAGUCAGAUAUUGUAUCUGUUCAAAGCCCAAAGUCUAAUAAGAGUUGGAGAUGCAACUUUCCUGUGUCAAUGACUGAUGGGUCACCGGAAACGUCAUCAUCCUCAUUCCGUGUGUCAUUUGCAGAUGAUGACUUCCUUGCAAUAUGUGAUGGGUCCGGAUAUGCAGUCGCUGCUGUGAUGAAGGCGGGUUGGUCGCUUGUCCUUCACGCAUACACAGGAGUUGAGAGAGUCUGUUUUGGGGACACGUCUUCCAAAGAGAACCCAUCCAUAUUUGGCGUUGACCUUUCUCUCAUCAAAACGCCUGCAGAACUCUUGAAUCAGAUUGAAGGAGCUGAAAAGAGAGGUGAUUCAUUGGUAUCGUUCAACAGAUUGGAGAAAAGUGUUUUCAACACGGUCUUGGCGGUCAAGGAUGGGGACGAGCCGAUCACCACAGACGCGUCUGUUAACACACCCAACCAGGCCGUUAUCUCAGCGAGGAUUAAUAUACGGAGUUCUGAGGUCUUCUUAGAUCUCAGUUACCACCCAGCUCUGGUGUCGGCCGAUGUGGCCCGGGGUGUUUCCCGUACAUUCCAAACAACAAUUCGUUCAAUCCUCACAAAUCCAAACCAGCCACUUGCUGAUGUUGAAAGGCUUAGUGAGCCGGACAAAUUGCAAAUCCUGCAAUGGAAUGAGAACGUGCCACCAGCUCUUCACCAGAAGCUUCACGAUGCCUUCACCGAGAAAGCCUUAGAUAAUCCGGAUGUACCAGCCAUAUCCUCCUGGGAGGGAGACUGGACAUACCAAGAGCUUAAUGAUGCCUCCACCCGCUUGGGUAAAUAUAUUGCAAGCUUGCGGGCUGGUCCCCAGGCUUCCCGAAUGGUUCUAUCGUGCUUUGAACGGUCGCGCACUGGCAUUCUCGCAGUGCUUUCAAUUUUGAAGGCAGGACUGACCUGUGUUCCGAUAAAUCCAACAAGCCACGAUGAAGUAUUCCUCCGCAAGGUGACUGGCGAUGUCAACCCUCAGAUUGUGUGCGUCUCUGCCACCCAAGCCCAUCGGUUUGCCACGUUCAACGGGACUGUAGUGAUCAUCGAUGCGGAAUUGCUCGGCCGCCUGGAAAGCCUCGCGCAGACAUCCAAGCCUGCUCCGCGACUCAAUUCUGAUAUUGCUUUUAUACAAUAUACUACUGGAGUGGCUGGAUGGCCCAAGGGUGUGAUCCAAGGACACACGGGCCUGUAUACGGGGAUCCUCGCGCAGGGCCAAGCGAUGGGGUAUGACAUCGAUUCAAGGGUUUUACAUUCGGCUGCAUACAGCACAUCAGCAGGGAUUGCCGAAAUUUUUGCGACCUUUUUCUACGGCGGCUGUGUAGUUAUUUUACCCGAACAGGCAAGCGCCGAGAUGGUGGCUGACACAGUGAAUGAACAAGAGGUCACCCACGCAUGCUUCACGCCCACUGAAGUCCGAGAACUAGACCCAGCAGAUCUUUGGCAACUCGACACUAUUGUAUUAGGGGGUGAGGCUUUGACUCAGGGAGAUGUCGAGAAAUGGGGGUUGGAAAUGGCGCUGAUCAAGGCAUAUGGGACUACGGAGACAUCGGUCUACAUCUCAACAUCCAAAGCCCCCUCGGCCCACGUCUUUGAUCCGUCGAAUAUCGGUGCCCCUUUUGUGGCCUCGAUGUGGGUAGUUGAUCAGGGUAAUGUCCAGAAACUGGCGCCCAUCGGGGCUGUGGGCGAGUUGGUCAUUGGGGGCCCGACAUUGGCCCUCGGCUACAUCAAAAACCCAACACAGACGUCACAAAGCUUUAUUUCAAACCCUGCAUGGGCAAAUACUGCAAGUGAUAGUGCGGCACAACGCUUCUUUGUCACUGGUGACCUCGUAAGACAUCUCGGGAACGGCGAGCUUGUCUUUUGCGGGCGGAAGAAGAGCUCGGAACACAAUGAAUCAGAAAAAGACGGCACCUUUAAUAACAAUAUCCCUAACAUUCAUCCAUUCAGUCUCCUCAGCGCUACUGAAUCUACUGAAGAGGCUCUGGCAGCCGCUGCGGCCACAUGCCACGUCAGCCCAGACAUGAUUGAGGACAUCUACCCUAGCACUCCCAUCCAAGAGAGUCUGUUUGCUUUGUCAAACAAGCAGUCGGGGGCUUUCUUGAAGCAACACAUUUUCGAGUUACCCUCCAAUCUAGAUCUAGACCAGUUCCGCAUAGCCUGGGAGCGUUCAAUUCAGCAGUCUCCCAUUUUGCGGACGAGGCUAAUUAUGACUGACUCAUUUCGCCUUCUACAAGUGGUUGUUACAGAACAGCCAGUCUGUAAAGAUGUCUCUGAUCUAGAGAUAUACUUGAAAGAGGAUCAAGCGAUCCCUGUACUCUGGGGUUCACCUCUGUUUCGAUACGCAAUCGCCGCAUUGCCCGGCCAGACAGCCCAUUUGGUUGUAACCAUGCACCAUGCAAUCUACGAUGGCUGGACACUAGGUUUGCUUUUUGACCGCGUGAAGCAGAACUUUGACGGAAACCCUGUAUCAAGUGGAAUACCAUUCAAUUCGUUUGUCAAACAUGUUCAGGGACUCGAUCGCGAGCGGCUCGAUCAGUUUUGGACAAAACAGCUGAGCGAUGCCUCCGCCACCUUGUUUCCAGCUCUACCAGCUCCGACCUAUCUCCCCACCCCCAACGAUACCCAUGUGGAGAAUCUGACUUUCGAACGGGUUGUGGGCUCGUCGAUUACGACUUCCACUCUUGUACGAGCUGCGUGGGCUUUGACGAUCGCUAGGUAUGCGGACUUGGAUGAUAUCACUUUUGGGUCGACUGUCUCUGGCCGAGCAGCAGCAAUCCCUGGUAUCUCUACCAUGAUGGGUCCAACACUUGCCACCGUCCCGGUUCGUGUCCGCGUGCGCAAGGAUUGCAAACUUCCGGAUUUUCUUCGGCAGGUGCAAGAAGAGUCAGCAAUGACCAUCCCAUUCGAACAAGCUGGAAUGUACCACAUCAAGCAGCUGACAGUCAACACACAAAAUGCCUGCUCUUUUCAGACGGCUCUUGUGGUUCAGCCGCUUGUGACAGCCCCUGGGCUGGAAGCUCUCGGAUGCCGUCGCGUGAACGAAAUGUACGACUCAUAUCAGCCCUACGCCCUGACCAUAGAAGUGGGUCUGCAAGAGAGUGGAGGCCUGGCCAGGGUUCUGUUUGACAAUCAAGUGGUUGAUCGGCCUCAAGUGCGGCGUAUCAUGGCUAUGUUCAGCGAAACUUUGCAGAAUAUCAGCGGGGAAAGCCCGGAUGUCGUCCUUGAUGACCUUGCUACCGUCACUGCCAAUGACGUCAAGGAACUACAAUUAUGGAACACAGUCCCCCUGGCCCUGUCGUUGAAUGCGUGCAUCAUGCCUUCGAGAAACACACUGGCAGACCACCUCAUCGGUCUUGGCGUUACUCUGGAGAUGAUAGUGCCGUUGUGUUUUGAUAAAUCAAAGUGGGUGAUUGUCUCCAUGUUAGCAGUUCUCAAGGCUGGGGGUGCCUGUUUAACUCUUGAUGUCUCUCACCCACCUGACCGUUUGCGUGGCAUGGUCGAAGCUGUGGAUGGCAAGAUAAUGCUCGUUGCAGAAGCACAUCACUCCAAAUUCAACGACACAGUUGAUCAAAUCAUUGUUGUUGACGCCACGCUGUUUGAGAUGCUUGACAACCAAACCAAAAAGCACUGUAAUAUUGUCCAGCCAAACAAUCGCGCGUUCGUUGUGUUCACGUCGGGAUCAACUGGAAAGCCCAAGGGGAUCGAACUUGAACACCAAUCCGUCUGCACGAGCUCCCGCGGCCAUGCAGCAGUGUUUAAUAUCGGGCCCGGCUCGCGUUGUCUUCAAUUUUCAGCGUUUGCCUUCGACGUCCAUAUAUCGGAUAUAUUUACCCCUUUGAUGUAUGGUGCAUGUUGCUGCAUUCCCUCUGAAGAGGACCGCAUGGGCAAUCUGCCACGAGCCAUCAAUAGUCUUAAAGCGGACAGCGUGCCUGGUCUGAAAAAGGUGGCUCUUGGCGGUGAACCGCUGACAACCGAGAACGCGCGUCUUUGGGGUGGUCGGGUCUUCCUGAUCAACGUUUUUGGUCCGUCUGAGACCUCAAAUUGGGUCACUUACCAGGUCGUGCGUCCAGACACGCAACAGCCAUCCAAUAUUGGACCUGGUAUCGAUGUGAAUACAUGGCUUGUUGAUCGACACAACGACUCUCGAUUGGCGCCAAUUGGCUGCGUCGGGGAGUUGUUCGUUGAAGGACCUAUUCUAGCCCGUGGUUACUUGAAUGAUAUGGAGAAAACAAAUGCCUCAUUUGUGAUUGACCCCGCGUGGCUACCCGGCCCAUUGUCUUCACCAAGGCGAAUGUAUCGGACCGGUGAUCUGGUGCGAUAUAACAGCGAUGGCACAUUCGUGUAUGUCGGUCGACAGGACACUCAGAUUAAGAUCCGCGGCCAGCGACUGGAGCUUGCGGAGGUGAACCAUCGCCUGAUGGAAAUCCCGGAGGUGAAAACUUGUCUGGCUGUACUACCCAAAAUUGGAUUAUGUCAAGGGCGAUGUGUCGUUGCUCUCUCUCUUCGGGAUUUUUGGAAGGACGGUUCCGCAUCCAUACGCAUGAUCGAUCCAUCUCUCCGCAGUGCAGUAUCCACUCAACUUGCCGAUAUUCGAGAUCGUCUCACGGAGACACUAGCUGUUUGGAUGAUUCCGACAUUGUGGAUUGUUGUGGAAGAUAUGCCGACGAAUGCAAGCGGCAAGUUGGACCGCAACACGAUACGCACAUUUGUGGACAACAUAGACGAGGAAAGCUAUCAACUAGCAUCGGACCUCCUUGUGGAUAGUCACUUCCGGGAGCCUCAGACUCCAAUGGAAGAAUUGCUGCAAAGGGUCUGGAGCUCAGUCCUCAAACUUCCUAUCAACCAGAUCAGUGCCACAGCCUCCUUCUUACGUCUUGGAGGAGACUCGAUCACGGCGAUGCAAGUCAUGUCUAAAUGCCGGGUUGAGGGCAUUUUUCUCUCGGUCCAUGAUAUCCUCGUCAGUAAAACCAUCACGGAGCUGGCAAGGCUAGCAACUACAUCGCCGGAGGCAGCAAAGUCAGCCAACGAGGUUGAAAAGCAAACUGUCGCAGAUCCCUCUCUCAUCAACGAAAAACCUUCGCAAGAUGGAACCGCGAUGAAAGCUUUGUACGACACCAUUCUCAGUCAAGCUUCGGUAAAACCAUCAAACAUCGAAAGGGCUGUGCUGGCUUCCGAUUAUCAAGUUUCGGCUUUGGAACAAAUGCUACUUAACUUCCGUGGCGACCUCACAUACCACACCUUUGAUAUCCAAAAGCCUGUGGACUUCAAUCGUCUCGCCUUAGCGUGCACUGAGAUUGUUGAUGCUCACCCUUUGCUGCGCACUGUCUUUGUUUGCCAUGAGCGCCAGGUCUAUCAGGUCACCUUGAAGUCAAGCUUCGUGAACAUAACGGACAGACAUGACCAGCCGGAUUUAACAUCUUUGAUCAACAAAGAUCGGAGUAAACAGUUCUCACUUGGGCAGCCUAUGGUCUGGUUCAAACUUCUUCGACAGAAUCCUUCGCAUGACUGUGACUCCUUUGUGAUGCGACUUCCCCAUUGCUUAUACGACGCUUCUACUCGGGCAUCCUUGAUCGCAGACCUGCAGAACGCUUAUUUUAGUUCCCAUGCUCUUGAACCGCCACUUGAUACUCGAAACUACUUUGAUUUCCGAGACUACAUUCGUCCCACAGCUUCGAAGUACUGGGAGCAGUAUCUUCAAGGCAGUAGUGCCACACAGGUUGUGGCAAAGCCGUGGCCUCGGUUCCGACACGGCAGGCAACAUACCCUAUCUUCCAAGCUUCGCAUGCAAUCCUUGAAAUCUUAUGGAAUUACGCCUGCAACGGUAGUCAAGGCUGCCUGGGGCCUUGUUUGGGCCGACCUAUGUGGGCAAGAUGAUGUUGUGUUCGGUGAGCUUGUGGCGGGUCAUGGCCUGCCCGUUGCAGCGGUCGAUUCGCUCGAUAUCGUAUGUGCCUCAACAGUCCCACUGCGUAUACAGCUACAUUCCUCAUGGACUGUGCUUGAUCUUCUCCAGGAUGUUCAGGAGCGUCACCUGGCCAGCAUGCCCUUCGAGUCCAUGGGAGAUGCCUCGAUUGUCAGGGAAUGCACUUCCUGGCCACCAUGGAUCCGCUUUGGCUCUGUGCUGAAUUAUUCCCCGCCACCAAUGGCGGAGGACGUUGCAAGCAACACAUUCCGUGCUACUGGCAUUCAUGGACAUUUAAACCCGAGCUCUGAUCUCAAUAUCCAUUGCCAACCCCUACCUGUUAAUAUGGAAUCGGACCCCAACCUGCUGGUCAACAUCACGUUUGACAUGGAUUAUAUCGCUCCCACGUUUGUGGCCGAUGCCAUUCACCGACUCUGCCAGCGGAUCCAUGAUUUCACCGCCAAUGUGACAGCAAGUCUGAACGAAUUAAAAGAAGGGCCGAUCGGUGGCCGCACUUUACCACUUCCAUUCAGUAAUGGCCCCAUUCAGAUACCGGAGAUGACCCCGUUAGAUGCCCCGAAAUACGAUCAGGUAUUGAGCAAGGUCCAUUCUGUUUGGAACACGGUAAUGGGUGAGAGCGACGGGAUAGAUAUCCCUUUCUUCUCUCGCUGGGGAAGUCUCAUGGCAGCGGCCCAUUUUGUUGCGGCCUAUCGGAAAAUGGGUAUUGAAUUGACCAUGGAGGAGGUAUUGGAAGCCCCGACUAUGCGGGCCCAAAUUAUUCUGUGCGCCGACCGAUGA